GUUUGUAAACUUUUGGCUUUUUUUUUUUUCAGUUCAAGAUGGUGUCCGUGCUCCAGUUGGGCAUAUUUUUGACCAUAUCCAUUUGCCUGGUUGGUUCUACCAAAACAAUCAAUACUACGUACUAUUUGCUCUAUGCACCAAGACGCUUCAGUAUUGAUGAUGGACUCAACAUCACUAUUGUAUUGUUCGGAAAGGUUGAACCUACUACAGAAGUUGCUAUUAAACUCAAAGAUGGUGACAAAGUUCUUAAAGAAAUAUCUCAAAAUGUUUCUGCUGACAAAAAGAUAGCAUUCUUCAAGAUGUAUACUGGAGACCUUAAUGUAGGACACUACACACUAGAGCUUAAUCUUGGUGGCUCAUUGAAAGUCUUCUGUGAUUAUGGGUCUACAACAACCAUCCUGACUGCCAAAAACAUACACAAGCCAGGAGAUACAGUGAAAUUCCGUGUCUUGAACCUUUACCGAAAUCUCACCGCCAGAAAUUCUUCUGCGAAAGUCAAUAUAAAAGAUGCAAACGAGAAUUUACUGUCCAGAAUGCAGCUUACUUCGGAGAAUGGUGUUUCUGUAGGUGAAUUUCCAAUCUCUAGCCGACCUGUUUUGGGUACUUGGACCAUAGAAGUGGAGCAGGAUGAAGAAACAACGAAAAAAACAAUUGAGGUCAUGGAAUAUGUUCUCCCCAAAGUGGAAGUGACAGCAGAAUCUCCUAAAUAUUUAUAUAGACUAAAUGAAGAUAAGUUGAAAGAUGUAAUACUCAGUGUUAAAGUCAAAGCCCUGUACACUCAAGGUAAACCUGUGACAGGAAUAGCAACAUUACAUAUAACUUGUUUGAAAAAGAACUCUUUCUCUCAAAAGAUCACAAAAGAGACCACUUUCAAAAUUAACCUGGGUGAAUAUGCUUCUGGAGUCUGCCAUUAUUUCAAUAUUAAUGCUUCGGUUGAAAAUGACUUGGAUAAGAAUGUCUACUAUGCUGACUUAACGGCCACCUCUGUCACUUCUUUUCCAAUUAGAAUAAUGCAGCACUAUGAAGAAAACCUGUAUGAACCGAAUGUGACGUCAAGGUUUAAGGUGACGGUGCAACGUGUUGAUAGACAGCCUCUGACUGAUGAAGACAGAAAGAACCCUUUGAAAAUUUCCAUUAACAUUGAAGGCUUCAAUUACAGUAAAUCUUCUAAGAUCCCUGAAGAUGGCAUUGUUGAAUUUGGAUUUACUCCACCAAAUCGUGAUAGGUUGCCAGUGGAGGUUGUCUAUGACGGUGUAGAUCAGUCAAAGAAGUUUCAGGUAAAACAGGAGGUUAUAUUAGUACAUGUAACAGCAUAUGGAUCAAUGUCCCUGAUCAGAAAAGAUGAUGAGACCACGAAACCUGAGUUCUUGGUGGUUUUUCCUGCGCCAGUAACCGACUAUUUCUACACUGUUGUGAGCCGUUCCAAAGUCUUCAUCUCGAAACAUGUCCAACAAGAUGCUGCAAAAUUUGCUACAAUUUCAUUUGAUACCAAUGGAAUGUUUUUAAAAGCCGACUUAGUGGUUGGUUACAAUGAGAAAUAUGGAGAACUUCUUAGUGCAUCAGCUAGUGUUGAUGUGAAAAGACCUACAAAUGUAUCACUAAAUGCUAAAUUUAAAGAAUCCCCUGUGGAACCAGGCAAGGAAGCAGAAUUGAUAAUCCAGAGCAGCCCUAAUACAAUGGCCUUUGUCGCUGCUGUUGACAAGAGUGUCUUUUUACUCUCUAAGAAAACCGAUUCGAUCUCUGAAAUAGUAAGUUGUCUUUAAAAACUUUCUGAUGC